UGGCUGCUGAUUGGCCAGCCGCGGAAAUGUCACGAAACAAACCGCGGCGGGGUGGGGAUGGCAGGCACGAAGUGUGGGAGGACUGGAGGAGGUGAUUCAGUCUGGAUAAAGUGCUUUCCUGAGGUGAAUCUGUUGCUCCUGAGGAACAAUGUACUGCAGAAAUGUGUGCUGUUACCGCUGGUCCUCUGAGGAGAGGAUAGAUGGGAAAACAGUCAUCAUUACCGGAGCCAACACCGGUAUUGGAAAGGAAACUGCGAGGGACUUGGCCAGAAGAGGUGCACGCAUCGUCAUGGCUUGCAGGGACCUUGAGAGGGCAGAGGAGGCCAGGACGGAUAUAAUGGAAGACACAGGGAAUGAGAACGUGGUCAUUAGGAAACUGGAUCUCUCUGACACCAAGUCCAUCCGAGCGUUUGCUGAACUCAUCAACAAAGAGGAGAAACAAGUGAAUAUCCUGAUAAAUAAUGCAGGCGUCAUGAUGUGUCCCUACUCCAAGACUGCUGACGGGUUCGAAUUGCAGUUAGGUGUCAAUCAUUUGGGUCACUUCCUGUUGACUUACCUGCUGCUGGACCUCAUCAAGCGCUCAGCCCCCGCCCGUAUCGUCGUUGUGGCAUCGGUGGCCCACACCUGGACCGGGCUGCGACUCGAUGAUAUCAACAGUGAGAGGAGUUACGACACCAUGAAGGCCUACGGGCAGAGCAAGCUGGCUAACGUCCUGUUUGCACGCUCGCUUGCUAAACAGUUACAAGAUACAGGGGUGAGCGUGUUCUCUCUGCACCCGGGGGUGGUGCAGUCUGACCUGUGGAGGCACCAGCACCAGUGUAUCCAGGUGGCAGUGAAGAUCUUCAGGAUUUUCACCAAAACAACACUGGAGGGAGCGCAGACCACCAUCUACUGCGCUGUGGAGUCCGGCCUGGAGAGCCAGACUGGAGGGUACUUCAGUGACUGCGCUCCUGCAAGGUGCUCUAGGGCGGCUUCUAAUGAUGAGAUGGCCCAAAAACUGUGGGAGAUAAGCUGCAACAUGCUUGGCAUCACAUGGCAGUGAACAGUGGCAUAUAAACUGUGCAGGGAAGGACAUUGUAUGCUAUAUAUCAUAUUUUAAAGAACACUUUUACACACUUUUAUAGAGAUAUUAAUGUUUCUGUUGUCAAACAGGGGUAUUUUAUGACUCAAAGUACAGAACAGUCCAAAAGUCGUUUAGUCACUACCAAGAGUACCUUUAUUUGUAAAAUGUCAAUGUUGUUAUUAUUCAGCAGCAUUGCAUGAUGAAACUGUCUUAUUUUAUAGUUUUGCUCCACAUGGGCAUUCUUUUUAAAGUCACGUUUUGAGUGCACAUGGCGUUCUUUCUUGUUAGCUUGUGAAGCUGUCAGCUGUUAGAGACGUUAGUCAGCAGGAUCUUUCUGUGGAUGGAAAAUGUCUUUACCUUUGCAAGGGCGAAAGAAAGUUCUGGUUAUCCAUUUCUUAUUCAUUUGAUGUACAUUUUGAGGUGGACAACUAUAGGACUAAAAAAUAGAACUUAAAAUAACUAACAUUUUAAACUGAAUGAGUGCAUGGAAAACACAAGGUUUACCCUUUAAGAAAUGUAUACUUUUUAAACCGGGUUUUUUUUCUCACUUGCUUCUGUAGCGCACAUAUUGUGGUUAAUAUUGAAAGCACUAAGAUGACAGUUAAUAAGAACUGGAUUCUGUUGUAUGUAAAGUAUUCUAAUGUAUAUUUAUUAAUCAGUAAAACACAAUCCAUUGAUCUAAAACUGUUCAUUUAACUGUUUAAUUAAACAGCUGUGUAUCACAUUAUCUGCAGUUUCAGAUGCCUUCCUUUUAGCUGAGGCUGUGACAAUAUGUUCAAUUAAAAAAUAUAAACCUGUUACAGAAGUAAACAGGAUUCAAAGAACUUUAUGUAGAAGUUGUGCAUGAGUGAAUUUAUUAAUUUGAACCUUUUCCUAGCUGUUAGGUUAAACUUAACGUGACACUGGAGGGGAGAGUUCAAAGAGAUUAGGCAAGUUCACUGUAUUCAUAAUAACGAGAGAGUCAGGGUCUUAAGUCUGAGAGAUGUCACUCAAACAGAUGACUACAUUUCAAUGUGAUUAAUGACAAAUGUACAUUUGUUGGAAUCCUGAGGUCGAAGGGGUCGAAAAAGUACUGUAACUACAAAUGUAGGACUUUUUACACAUACGAAUCAGUUUAUUGUGGAACCAAGAUCAAGACGGAGUGGCAGAAUUGUAUUUAGAAACAGUAUCAUAAUCCAAAUCACAUGAUGGAGUAGUUAAGACUUAAGGAAUGUGGUAUGAGCUAGUGGAGUGACUACCAGGAGUCCAGGACCAGUGCUCCCUCAAUGAGAAUAUAAGGAUUUACAAACAAUCAACGUAAGGACAAGUAGAAGUACCAGAGUGUAAAAACACUGUUACAAGUUAAAGUAUGAGCAUCAAACACACGUAAAGUACCAACAGUAAAAGUACUCAUUAUGCAGAUUCAGAAUAAUAUACAUUAUAUGAUUUGAUUUUUAAUUAUUGAUGCAUCAAACCUGGUAAAGGUGCAGCUAGUUUUAAUGACUUUGUAUCCUGCAAGAAGGUUUCUGAAUGUUACUCCAAAUGUUACUGAAGUAUUAUUUAAGUGUUGAUUAUAUGUCUCCAUUAAUCUAAGUAAC